AUGCCAGAAACAAAAUACCAAAAUGAAAACCAGCUUACUUCUGAACAAGCAAAUAAAUCUAGGCUUGUCACCAUGUGCCGCUGGGUGGUCGAAGUGAUUAAUGGCCGCUUUAAAAGGGACUUUCGUUUACUCAGAAAUAUUCAUAGUAACAGAGCAUUAAGUAAUAUGUUCGAUUAUUUUAAGAUCGCGGCAGCAUUGCUGAACAGCUAUCACGUUGUAGUAGACAAUAACGUACACGCACGCGAUUUCAUUGACAUAAUUAAUGAACGAAUAAACAUACCAAAUCGUUUAGCAGAUAUUGUCAUUACAAAUAAUUAUAACAGAAGAAGAGCUCAUUUUGAGCCUAUGAGAGCCGAAAUGCCUCAAUUUAAUGACUUUCCCAGAAUGACAGAAGAAGAAUUGACGCUAUUCGCUUUAGGUAGCUAUCAAUUGAAGCAAGCCCGCAGUUAUUAUGCUGAACACGUACAUCCAGAAGGGGCAUUCACUAUAGAACUCGCCCGAAAUAUCCCUCUGGAAGAAAUUCGGGAGAUAGCUGGACGAGAUGUGUUAUUAAUUCGAGGCCGUAUUCAAUCAAGGCAUGUCGCAUCAAGAACCUAUUAUGUGUACAUUGCAGCUGAUCCAACACUUCGUGGAAGACUAGCUAUUCCACAAUAUUAUUGCUCAUGCCCAAUAGGCAAACGGACAAUAGGGUGUUGUUCACACACCAUGUCUAUCGUGUGGUAUAUGGGUUUCGCACGGUAUGAGAACAUACUUGUACCAGCAGAAGGUCUGGAAGAUGAAAUUAUAACUUUAGAUGAUGUAUAG